AAUACCACCAUUCGCAUCUGACGUCACUUAUGAAUAAUCAGAAACAAAUCAUAUACCCCAGACAUUUUGCAAGACGCAAAAAACAACAACAGACAAAAGAAGUGGUGCGAUAUGAGAGAUUUACAUGAUAGUAUACUUCACAAGCAAAUCCUGUGAUUCCGCCACUCCUCUCUCGCGCUGUGAGUGCCCACUGGCAGGUUCCGCACAGCAGGGUCCAGGAACAUACGACGCUCGACAAAAUUCGCCUGGUCACUAAGACAUGACUGAUAUUUGAGUGAGCGAAAUCUUGCAUCACGCUUAUUAUCACCUUCGGAAUUCGCGGCCAGUCUCACUCCUGUCGCUUCGGAUUGUGUUAGGAAGGACGUCAGGUGCCUUUCGGCAGGCUAUAGACCCACUCACUGCGGCUGCCACUAUUUACAUUUGUGAGGCAGCGUGGUGGAAUCAGGCUCUCGUCCAAAUUAUCAAAGUGAAGAAACUUGCAUUUUUCCUCAGCUCCGUUGGUGCCCAGUCUCUCUCCACGAAUGGCCAGUCUGGUGACGUCAUCACCAAUGGGUCAGCUGCGUCCAACGACCCCCUGUGGGACCAACGACGAGUUGUCGCCCAUGACCGGAAAUGAAACGAACGUGACCGGCCUUGGCUUCCCACAGUACUACAAAGGUGCUCAGAUCGGAUUUCUCGUGGUUCUGUUUUUCCUGAUCGUCAUCGGAAAUGUGGUUGUUCUGGCGGCCAUCGCUGUGAAUAAAGAGAGGAGGAAGUCAAGGAUGAACUUUUUCAUCAUGCAUUUGGCCCUCAGUGAUUUAUUAACUGGUCCUCUGGUUGUCUUGGCUGAUCUCAUCUCAAAGAUCUCCAUCUACUGGAGCGCUGGAAAUGCUGUCUGCCGCCUCCACAAAUUUGCUCAGGUGGUUGUGAUGUACUCGUCCACCUACCUGCUGGUGGCGCUAAGUCUUGACCGCUUGGACGCUGUGGCCAGACCGCUGCAGUUCACCUCAGCCU